AUGGGGAACACCAUCCGGGCCCUAGUGGCCUUCAUCCCCACGGACCGCUGCCAGAAUUACGUGGUGGGAGACCUCCGGGAGAUGCCGCUGGACCGGAUGGUGGAUCUGAGCGGGAGCCAGCUGCGUCGCUUCCCACUCCAUGUGUGCUCCUUCACUGAGCUGGUAAAGCUCUAUCUGAGCGACAACCACCUCCAGAGCCUGCCUCCAGACCUGGCGCAGCUGCAGAACCUGCAGAUCCUGGCCUUGGAUUUCAACAACUUCAAAGCCCUUCCCCGGGUGGUGUGCACCUUGAAACAGCUCUGCAUCCUCUACCUGGGCAAUAACAAACUCUGUGACCUUCCGGAUGAGCUCAGCCUGCUCCAGAACCUCCGUACCCUGUGGCUUGAGGACAACUGCCUCACCCAGCUGCCAGAUGUGGUGUGUGAGCUGAGCCUCCUAAGGACCCUGCAUGCUGGGUCCAACGCCCUAAGGCUGCUGCCCAGCCAGCUCCGGCGCCUACGGGAGCUCAGGACCAUCUGGCUCUCAGGCAACCAGCUCACUGACUUCCCCCCUGUGCUGCUUCGCAUGCCCUUCCUGGAGGUGAUCGACGUGGACCGGAACAGUAUCCGCUACUUCCCCAACCUGGCCCACUUGACUAAUCUGAAACUGGUCAUCUAUGACCACAAUCCUUGCAGAAAUGCCCCCAAGGUGGGCAAAGGGGUGCGCCGUGUUGGGAGAUGGGCAGAUGAGACGCCAGAGCCUCAGCUCAGAAAAGCUAGGCGAUAUGCACUGGCCCAGGAAGAAAGUCAAGAGCCACCCGCCCCCCUUCUUCCUCCCAGCUCCUGAACAGCCUCAGUUGUAAGCCAGUUAACCAUGGCCCAACUGAAGACUUCUCAUUAGAGUGGAAAGAGUCCCGGAUCAUCUCAUGUAAAGGAAUACUGAGAAGAAAACAUUUCCGGUCCGCUGCACCUCUUCCUAGGGGAAGGUGUGGACUGCGGGGCCUGGAAGCCAGUGAUUGCCACUCCUGAAGCAGCUUCUUCAAGUAAGCUACUU